UAGUAUGCAAAUGGAUAAUCUCCUCAAUUGUAUCUCUUUUAAAUCUAUAUCUAGCUCAAGUAAUUGAAGCAAUGAUAAAUAAUAGAAUGAAGGAUAUACUUUAAGAUAGUUCAUCUAAUAAAGUACUUUUUAAUUUACUUUCAGAACAAUAAUAAGAAAUUUCUUAAGUCAUUUUAGUCAAUGAUCCUGUUUAUUAAAAUUCUCAUUAUUACUACCCUAUUAAAUCUGGCAAUAUAACUGUACUUAGAAGAUAUGGAGAAUUCGAAUUGCUUUCAGAAUAUUUAUUUAAAAAUAAUCCUGAAAUUGUUUAAAAAUUGCUACCUCCUAAAGAAUCUGGAUUUUAUUAUCUUAAAAGUUAUGUUUAAGAAAAUAAAUAAGUGUUAAAUUUAAGAAAAGAGAAAUUUUAAAUUUAUCUUAAUGAUAUAAAAAAGCAAUUACCAAAACAUGAUGUUAUAAACAAGUUUCUUGAGGAUUAAGGAUUUUUUAUAGAUGUAAUGAAAAAUAUUGAUCCAACAUUAAUUAUUGGAUAAGGUUAUUUAUCAAAGAUCAAAAAAUUAUACGAAACAUCUUGGAUUGUUUCAAAUAAUAAGGAUUAAGAAUUAUAAGAAUUUUAAUAAUUAUUACAAACUAAAAUUUUGCAUUUAGAUUAAAUGUAUUAAGUGAUUUUUAUUUUAGACAAACCAAUUUAUCAAUUUUAUAUCUUAAUUUAAAAUACAAAACAAAAUCAUCUCAAAUAUCUUUACAAAAUCAGGAAAUUUAAGACUUAAUUAAUAAUAUUGUCGAAAAUGAAUAGAUUUAUUAAAAUGAUAUUAUUGUUAAUAAGAUUGAAAGACUGACAAAAAAAAUUAGUGAAAUAAUUGAACUAUUUCCUAAUGUCAGAAAAGAUAAGUCUUAAUAUGAAUCUUAUGAUAAAUUAUUAGAAGAGUGUAUUAAAUUGAUUAAAAAUAUACUCUAAAACAUUCUACAAUGA